GCUCUCCCCACCGCGGCUAUUCCAGCUACUCAUAGACUGCGAGGAUGAGCAUCAUCAUCAUCAUACACGGCAAUUUCAUUAGUCACACGGUAUGGUCUCUCGUACCUGGCAUGAUGCUCUUCGGAGCCCGAGGGGUGCGAGAAAAUUCCAGAGGCGAUAAGAAAUUACGGAGUACUCCGUACUACUACGGGAAAUCGAAAGAGCCGACGCCACUAUCUUCGUCUGGUGAUGAGUACCUUCUGUACUGUACUCCGUACUGUACACCCAGUUGUCACGGGUCUCCCUUGGCAAUCCCAAGAGGGGAAGCCCAGGCGAUAACGUGGGCGCAUCACUUACCCUUUCCAGUUUAGUGCCAUCAAGGAAAUCCAUCUCCGCCGUGUCAUCAAUCCAUAACUAACUCAACUCACUACUCUCGCUCACUGUCCACCCCCUCGCCACUUUCGAUCAGUACCUGAAUCUGAAGAUACUAGCCUCGAUGCUACCUGCAUUGGUUAGAUCUUGUGCCUCAAAGAGCGAGUC